AUGGAGCGACCGAUAUUUCAGCCCAUUGGCUCCCCCGCAGAGGAAUUGGAUACGCCGGCCUUGGUGGUUGAUCUGGGGAUAAUGGAGCAGAACAUCGCGGUCCUGCACAACGCUAUUCGCGGCUCUGACGAUGUAUCGGGCAGUGGCCGAGUCGCAGUUCGCCCUCAUGUCUCCUGUCAUGGCAGCCCUGAAAUCGCUCAGUUCCAGCUGUCCGCAGAAAGCAACUCUGGCGGCGUGGCGGUUAGCUCUCUGGCGGAAGCCGAGGCAUUUGCCGCCGCUGGCGAAGACAUUUCCACCGAUGAUGGGGCCGCGUCGUCUUACCGCGCAAUUGACGACAUCCUGAUAGCGGGCCGGGUGGUCAGCCCCGCCAAGAUUAGCCGACUCGUCGCCCUCGCCGGCCGGAUCACGUUGAGCGUAGCCGUCGACAACCCCCGCAACGUCCAGGACCUUGCCGAAGCUGCGCAGGCCGCCGGCGUCACUUUGGGCAUAUUGGUGGACAUGGACGCCGGGUACGGGUUUGGCGGUGUGGCGCCCGGGCAGGAUGCGGUUGACCUGGCGCGAAUAGUUACCAACGCACCCGGAUUGGCCCUGGAAGGGAUUAUGACCUACGAGGGCCCGUUACCCAUAACGGAUCGCGCCGAAUUGGAGGCCGAAACCCGUCGUCGGUUGCAACCAAUUCUGGACACUCGAAGCGCCCUGGAGCGGGCCGGUAUUGAAAUUGCGACGGUGAGCGCGGGCAGCACUUAUAACUAUGAUAUCGUCUCCCAAUUGUCGGGCAUCACUGAGGUUCAGGCCGGGGUGUACGCCCUGAUGGACAUGGAGACCUUGCGAAUUCGCCCGGAAUUGCAGCCCGCGGCCAGAGUCCUGGCUACGGUCAUAGGCCAUCCCGUGGCGGGCCGGGCAGUGUUGGACGCCGGUCACAAGACUACCGGGCCGGAUUUCGGUGUACCCGUUCUGGAGGGAUUCGAGGGCGCCGUCGCCACCAGAUUCAGCGCGGAGCACGGAGUCCUGGAUUUGGAGGGGCCGGCCACUGAGCAGUUCAUGCCCAAUGACAAAGUACACCUGGUUCCGUAUAACCUGGCCCUCUGCGUCAAUCAAUAUGACUACAUCCGCGCCGUGCGGGAUGGCAAGUUGGUGGGGUAUUGGCGCGUUGCCGGCCGGGGACAACUGGGGUAG